AUGGAUUCGAUGAUUUUCAAUAGUUUUAAUGAUAGCACACUAAAUAUUUGUGUGCUGAAGUGUUCUUUGAUGAUGGUUAUAACACUUCAAUCAUUUUUUAGUUUGGAUAGAUUGUUAUUUAUCAAAGUUCCUAAGUUUUACAACUCGAUUUUCUACACGGUUUUAUUUAUUGGCUUAUGCUUCAUGGUUGUUAUGAUUUCCACAGCUUUUGCGAUCACUGUAAGUUGAUUCAGUUGGAUUUCAAGAAAUAAUUGAUUUUUUUUGAAGCAACACUAUAAAAUUAAAGCGCAUUGGCUUUCAUUUUAUAUUUUCUUGAUAGUUUUCAAGUUAUCUUCUGAACUCAUUGCUAUGCAAAGUGCUCGUGAGAAAUAUGCUCAAACUACCGGCCUUAAUUUGAAUCAACGAUUUGAUCUAUCAAUUUCCUAUGAGAUUACAAGGAGUUUUGUAUUUGGAACACUUUUUAAUAUUCUCCUACAAGUAUUUCUUGCGAUCUUUGCGGUUCUUAUAGUUUUUGAUAUUAUUCAUGGUUCAAUAUCAAUUUUACAACUUUUAGAUUUUAUAUUUAUUUUGGAGUUCUCAGUUUUCCCAUGGAUUGUGCUUAUAACAAAUCAGAGAUGGAGAAAGAAAAUUUGUUGUAGCAGAAGGUCGAAUAAAGUAUAUGUGAUGGAUUUAAAGGGACAUUGUAUUGUGACGAAUCCAACGCAGAAAGAUUAUUUUGAUCAAUUAGAGACUUAUUGGAAUGUUUGA